UCCAAGAUGGCGCUGCGCUGUGUCUGUGCUGCUGCCCUGCGGACUGGGACAGAAAUAGGGGUCAAUAACGCGAGGACAAUUGUUACAACAGUGGCCCUCAGCAGACGGGUCCCUCCGCUGGGUCCUAUGCCCAAUGAGGAGAUCGACGCAUCAAACCUGGAUUCUUUGGAGAAAUACCGCAGCUACACCCGCUACUUCAGACAAGCCGAGGAGGCGAAGAGGAAGCGAGUGUGGUGGAGGACCUACAGGGGUUACAUGGAGGAAGCCGAUCCUGAACAUGGUGCUGAGCGAGUGGACAUCGGGCUGCCUUACUAUCGACCCAGCCGGACCAAAGAGGUGAGGGAGAGGAGGAACGUGAUGAGAGAAAACAAGAGGAACGUUGAGCUGGAGAGGGCCUCCCGUCUUCGUACUUUCAAGAUCCCCUUGGAUCGAGUGCAGCAGACCUGGGAGAAGACCAGCAAACCGUUCGAUGUGAAAAAGUUGGCCGACCACUAUGGCGUCUUCAGGGAUCUUUUCCCAAUGGCGUAUUUUCUACCUCAGAUCCCCCUCCGCAUCAGUUACAGCCAGGGAGCUGAUGGUCAAGUUCAUUAUGGGAAUCAGCUGACACCUACUGAGGCGGCGUCCACCCCAAAGAUCAGCUUCGAUGUAGAGGAGGGCUCACUCUGGACGCUCCUGCUCACAUCUCCCGACGAGCAUCUUCUGGAUAACGAAGCAGAGUAUCUUCACUGGCUUGUGGGGAACAUUCCAGGUGGAGAAGUGCAGCUCGGAGAGGAGCUGUGUCACUACCUGCCUCCGUUCCCAGCCAGAGGAACAGGCUUCCACCGCUACGUUUACGUCCUCUUCAAGCAGGAGAAAGCCAUCAGCUUCCAGGAGGAUGCCCGCCCGUCGCCAUGCCACUCCCUGGUUGAUCGCACCUUUAAGACCAUCGAUUUCUACAGAAAGCAUCAGGAUGACAUGACGCCUGCAGGCCUGGCCUUCUUCCAGAGCCAGUGGGAUGAAUCGGUUACCAACACCUUUCACAGCACACUCAACAUGAAGGAGCCAGUGUUUGAGUUCAUCCGACCUCCAGUAUACCAUCCUCCACAAGUCAAGUUUCCACACGGACAGCCGCUACGCUACCUGGAUCGAUACAGAGAUGGGAAACAGCACACCUACGGCAUAUACUGAUUAUUACCAUGCCAACGUGGAGUCUUUAUGUUCUUAUCGUCCAAAUAAAACGUUUCUCUGCU